GGAAGGCAUAAGGAAAGACCAAUCCUGGUUCAUCAUGGAGCCAGAGGGCCAUCAUGGGCAAGACCCUCGCGUGCCUCUCAAGCUACGGGACUCCACCUAUGGUACUCGGACUGCACUUAUGUCGCCUUAUACAUAUGCAGGCUUGUAUUCCCCAUUCUAUCCAUUUGGAUCUGUUUCUAUUUUUUCUCAUCUCUGUAUCACACACAAAAGUUCCAGUUCCAUUUUUGAAUUCUCUCUGCUUUCUUGAUAUCAUCUGAAGUAUUGUCAAAGCACCUAGCGAUGGCCUUAUGAAACUCUUCCAGUACUAUAUCCUACGGGCUUCCGCACCACCGAGAGUUCAAACAUACUAGACAUUCCCAUCAUCACUGGUUUCGUAAUAUACCACAUGACGAUUACGAACGUUCAGCUUCCAAAAGUACAUCUGACAGCUAGAAAAGAACGCCACGGCAUAUAGUGUCUUUACACUUUCUUCCGUCUAUUGAUAUACGGCCGGUCUGGUGUGAGAACCAGGAAAGUCCACACACCCGGCUGCCGUCAUUUUCUGUCGAUUUCGUGUUCCUCUAUUACUAUUGUUGAUCUUCAUCUCCACAAUGAGCGGUUCUAAUUCGACAGUUUUUGGCCAGGGCAGGUGUCCAGCGCCGUUCCUUGAGUCAGAUUUCUUCCCAUCGACGGGUGGUUUUACCGAUGGAAGGUUUUGCUCUACCACCUUGGGGGUCAUUUGCUGCUUGCCAUGUCCACAAACUGAAUGGCUGUACGGUGAAAGCAUCAACACCCUCACCGAAUCCGCAAAUUGGGUCAGUGUAGCGGCGAUGAUAUGUUCAGUAUACUUGUUGAUAUGCUUCGCAUUUCUGCCGGUUGAGAAAACCCAUAGACAUUAUCUCAGUAUAUGCUUGGUUAUGGCUACAGUUUUGAUGCAGUUGGGAUUUAUUAUACCAUUAAGCGCAAAACCCGAGCAAUGCUACAACGCGAUCACUCCGAACGAUAUGAGCACUAACUUUACUUGUGCAAUCUCCGGUGCUCUCAUAAUGGCUGGUGGCUGGUGUGGUGUGAUGUGGGUCUUCUUAAGGUCCCUCGCCUUACAUCUACAGAUCUGUUGGCAGGUGAUUAUUGGAAAUUCAUUCAUGUGGGGAGCUCUUGCUACUGGAUGGGGAAUACCAGCCAUUGCAUUGUGUUUUGGAAUGGUCUUUAGUGGUGUUUCUUUUCGAUUUGGAGAUACUUGCCAUAUCAAUCACGAGAAUAGUUUAGCGGACUUCUGGAUUCCUCUUCUAGUUUUCUCUGGCGCCACCGUUAUCAUCCAGUUCGUUACUUUCGGUUACUGCAUCAAAGUAUAUCUUUCAUCCCUCGCAGACAAUUCCAACACCACAGAAACUUCAGGCGUUCUGCCUUCGUACACUAACAGUGUGCGCACUGUCUCACCACGACAAGCAUAUCGACGAGUUCGACGAGUGAUUGAGUUACAAUGGAGAGGUAUCGCUAUUGUACUAGUGAUUAUUGCUGAUGUCGCAUUCUUUGCAAUUGUGUUUGUCUUCAUGGAUGAUUUAGAAACAAAUAUUCUCAAGGAUCCUACCAAAGCCGAGCAAUGGUUAACAUGCUUGGUACAAACUGCUGGAGGUAGAGAAGAGUGUUUGCCUCUAGCGAAAUCUCUAGUUGUCAACGAAGCGACCGUUGGUGCAGUCCUUGUUCUGCUAUCCUUCAAUGGCUUCUGGGCAGCAAUAUUCUUAGGAAGAAAGGCAAUGAUUACAGGCUGGUAUGAAAUGUACCGUGGAAAAAUAAAGCCCAACAAUGAAUUCGUCAGCGCCGAUGCCCACGCCUUCAAGGAUCCCAGGGCAUACGAGAUGCUUAGCAAAGAUCGAGAUCAGCAUGACAGCAAAAACAUGGAGGCAUACGCAACUCCAGACGCCGUCUCUCCGAUUUCACCCGUUCGAAAGAGUGGUCGAGAAACACCAGAUUACUUUGGUAGAGAAGCGAGAUAUAAAUCACCGUCACGUUCAUUUUCCAAACCCCAUCCACCACAAUCAUGGGAUUCAACCACAACAUAUGCUCCACCCAUGAAUUCCAGCACGAAUAAAUUUUGAUUUAGGGUCGACAUGUAUAUUUUAUUUAUUUUCAAGCAUUUUUUUAGCGAUGUUUCAUAUUAUCCCUCACGAAGGGUCAAACAGGAGUUUGGUGGCUUGGCGACUCGGCGGUUUGGCUAGGCGAUAGAGCUAAAAGGAGUAGAGAGUUCGGCUCGUCACCCCACGCGGGGUGAAAAGACUUCGGGUAGUCGUCUACAUGGAUCAAGUCAGGAUAUAAAAAGGUCGGAACCUGGAAUAAAAUCCCUUUCCUUUGUACAAGAAAAGGCCGGUCGGGUGAAAGGGCUCCGACCGGGUGGGUGAGGAUAUGGAGGGGGUGGGGUAUAAUGAGUCCACAAUACCUAGAUACCCAUUGAUAGUCCAAAAUGGUCACCGAACUUACUGGUUCGAGGACACUAAUACUGCUAUAGUUGUAGUAGGUAUACAUAGAUCUCGAGUCCCGAGAUCCCGGAUUAAGUAUAGGAUCUACCCCACCUACCUAUGUAAUGAUGAUCUGUACUUUAUUAGUAGUGUUUGUAUGUAUUAUGAUGACAUCAAAUAGAAAAUAUAUA